AUGAACGGUGUUCGUGAAGAUAAACCUGGAGCUGGCUGUCUAAAGGUCAAGCAGCAGUUCAAGUGUCCCCACGCAGCGUGUGGAGCAACUUUCUCCAAGCAGAGCAGGCUACAGGAGCACGAAGCGACCCACACCGGAAAUCGUCCGUGGCGGUGCACCGUGAGCGGCUGCAAUGGUCGCUUCUUCCGGAAGUCUCGUCUCAGCCGCCACGUGAGCCAACACGAUGGCGUCAAGCAAUUCAAGUGCAAGUUCGCCACCUGCACUGAGAGUUUCUUCCAGGCAGACAAGCUAAAGAGACACAUGUGCUACGCCCACGGCGAGAAAGAGAAGUACUUCAAGUGCACUCAGGCUGGCUGCUCCUUGACCUUCAAGAAGAGCUUUCUCUUCAAGGUGCACCUGCAGCAACACUGCCUGGUCGCCAAGUUCAAGUGUUCAAAGGAGGAAUGCGGUGCCGUGUUUGAUUCCCGCAUGGCCCGUAAAGCCCACGAGAAGAAGCACGCAGGUUACCGCUGUCUGGAUGCAAACUGCCAGGUGGUUGCCUCCACGUGGAGCAUGCUUCAGGAGCACAUGGUCAAACACCGAUCGAUAUUUACAUGCCAAACCUGCAAAAAGGUGUUCAAGCGAACCAACACACUGCGGCGUCACAAGCGGGUGCACGCCUCGCACAAGCCAGUGUUGGUGUGCCCGCGUGACAGCUGCCAGGCCUACUUCUCCACCACCUUCAACCUGCAGCACCACAUCCGCAAGGUUCACCUGGAGCUCCUCAAGUACAAAUGCUCCUUCCCAGACUGCCCGCGUACCUUCGCCAUGCGGGAGAGCAUGGUCAGACAUCUGCUUCGACAUGAUCCCAGCGUAGUCAGAAAGAAGAAUCGCCCACGUCCCCGGAAAUGGUGGCAGAAGCGCUUGGACGGCCGUCAGCUCCCCCUGGUGGAGGACAACCUGAACCGUCUGUUCGCGCUGCGCAUGCGCAUCUCCCGCCGAGCCAAGUUGGAGGUGAACCUGGCGGGGCUGUUCAACGAGCGCAAGAUCCCGCACUACGUCGACCCGGAGGUCAACCUGCGCGAACUGUUCAGCAUCAAGAGGCCGGCCGUCAUCAGCGUGGUGGCGCCGUUGAAGGGCUAAGUUGAGGCUGAUGUUUCUGGUGGAA